AUGUCAACUCCGUACUUCAAAGGAGGCAAGUACAUGGGACCAUGCGGAAUGAAGUUGUUGGCGUCGUACGUCAAGAAUGGUGGGAACCUUGACAGUCUUGACAAGUCGUGUGUAGACGAGAUGCCAGCACUGAAUCUGACGAUACCGGCCGACUAUCUGACAGAAUUUCUGGGGACCGACGAUGCGUACGACGGCAAUACGACGAGAGCUGGAACCACACUCUCUACGUAG